CAAGGCAAUCUGGAUCCGAAGGAGCGCGCGCGGGCCGAGAAGGAGCUCAAGAAAGAGUUUCCGAACGGCCUCCCGAGCUGCGGCACGGACGCCCUCCGGCUCACGCUGGCCUCGUACCUGUCGCAAGGUCGCCAAAUCAACAUGGAUCUCCAGCGCGUCGUGGCGUCGCGGCACUUUUGCAACAAGAUGUGGAACGCGCUGCGGUACGCGCUGCCGCUUGUGCAGACGUCGUCGUCGUCUUCGCUCGAGUCGCACGCACCGUCCAUGAGUCUGGCGGACCGCUGGAUUCUCAGCCGCCUGGCGGACGCAGUGACCAAGGUGCACGACGGCUACGGCACGUUCAAGCUUGCUACGAGCGCGAAUGCGGCCCAGCGCUUCUUCAUCCAGGAGCUCUGCGACGUGUACAUUGAAUUCUCCAAGCCCGUUCUGUACCACGAGGAUGCGCACGCCAAGGAGGCCGCCAAGGCGACGCUGACGACCGCCUUGGACACGUCGCUGCGUCUGCUGCAUCCGAUUAUGCCCUUUGUGACCGAAGAGCUCUGGCAGCGGCUCCAAGGUGGCAGCGAGCACUCGCUCAUGACGGCCGCGUUCCCCGACCCUGCGCAGUGGGCGCGCUGGGUCGACCGCGACGCCGAAGCAAGCAUGCAGGCGGUACUGGAUGUCAUGCACGCGGUGCGGUCGUUGCGGCACACGCGCAAGACGCUGGCGCCGGAUGCGUCGACCGUCGAGUAA